AUGGUAACUUUUUUUUUUGAAACUGAAAAAUUUCGAUUAUCACUUCCAAAAUGUAUUUCAUCGUCAUUAAUUUUCAGUUAUAAAUAUCAAUGGCAACAUACUAAAAAGGGUGAUCAGAAAGUUUCGACCCCUCUCAAAGUUCGUCGAGACUUAACAGAAUAUUAUGAUGACAAAAUGCGACGUGUUCAACGAAAAGUUGAUAAUUUAAGAAAAGCAGCAUUAAAUAAUAAAAAACUUGAUGAAAAAGAGACAACAUUUAUUGAACGAAUGAGAUUACAAAUAAUGCAAAAUCUUGAAAUAACUGUUCGAAAUUUACAUAUUAGCUAUGAAACAAUAUCAACAACAAAAUUAGGACAUCCAUUUUCAUUUGGACUUACUAUACAUCAUCUCGAAAUGACUACAACAACAAAUCGUCAACCAAUUGGAAUAAUUAAAGAGAAUUCGCUUAUGAAAGAAAUGCAUUCACUUUCACUCUAUUGGAAUACAAAAUGUAAAUCAAGGAUUGAUAUGUCAUUUGAUGAUGUUGUGGAGGAUUUAAAAUCUAAAAUAGCAACAUAUAAUUAUAUACCAAAAACUGACGAAAUGAAUUACAUUCUUUAUCCAAUGAAUCCUAUCAUCAAUUUAACAAUAACAUUACAACCGGGAGAAUAUAAUUUUGAACGUCCAGCAUAUGAUAUGGAUAUUCAAAUCGAACAAUUAAGUCUUAAUAUUGAUCCAAAACAAUUUUCUGAUUUACUUGAUUUUAUUAAAUUUCAAAAUUAUAGUAAAAUAUACGAUCGCUGUCGAGAAUAUCGUGAAUUACAAUUACAAAAAGAAUUAGAUAUUACUGAAUUGACAUUAGAACAAAAAGAACGUCUAAAAUAUCUCGAAACAAAAUUGGAUGUAUUCAAUUUGGCUUAUAUUCGCCAUAGUGUUGAGAUAGAAACAAAUUCUACUCUAAUAACUGAAGAAGUAGGACAUCACCAUAAUCAUCAUCGACACUACAAUCAUCACUAUCAUCAUCAUCAUCGUCGUCAUUCGAUAAAAACAAAUCGAAUAAUGACGUCUACAGUUACUGCUGUUAACAAUCAUACAUGGUGGAACUCUUGGUGGAAAACAAAAGGUCAUUCGAGAGAAGAGCGUCGAAAGUCAUCAACAUCUAGUUCUAUUACAACUAGCGGAGAUUUUUUUUCUGAAGAUUCACCUAAUAUUGAUAUUGAAAUUAAAGUCAAUAAUUUAGUAUUGAAUUUAUCCUUACCACAGAGAAAGAACACCUCUCGAAUAUUUCGAUCAACAGAAAAUGAAAUUCUUUGUCCAAUUAAAAUUAUUGAUGCUCGAUUAGAUUUCAAACGACGAGCUGUUUCAUCAAACAUUUUAUUUAAAGUUGAUCUUCAAUCAUUUUCUGUAUUUGGUAUGAAAAUUGAUAAUCAACAUCGACCAUUAUUAGUAACGGCAGCCUCCAAAUCAUAUCUUCCAUUGAUACACAGCGAAUUGGAAUUUUCUCCAAUUGAUAAAAAAUCUGAUUAUCGUCUCUUUUUAGUUUUAGAACCAUUGAAAAUUUCUUAUGAUGCUGUAAGUCAAGAAUGUUGA